UACCCACAUCGUGUCGGUGUUCUUGCUCCCCUCCACCUGGCCGCUGCACUGUGGUGACCCCGACGUGAUACUGCACGGACGCUGCGGACGAGAGAAGGUGGAGACAUCCCGGCUGCUAGGAAAGCAGGCUGCUCGAGAAGCAGGAUCCUUGUUGUGGCCACGGCUGACCGGUGAGUCAGGCAGACUGCGGUCUGGACGGGAUGGGUGCCGCUGUAUCAGCGAUAGAACGAGCUACAGUCGACGGGUUGCUCAGUGUAGCGAAAAGGACUGGGCACACGCUCCCUCGAGCUGAGCUCGUGGACUUCUUGUAUUGGUGUCGGAGACGUGGUCUCUUGACUUCUUCUGAUCAAUUGUUUGAUAUCGAACAUUGGGAAAAGAUUGGGUCUGAAUUAUGGCAAAGUGUGCAGAACGGCCAAAAGGGGAGCAAGUAGAUGGCGCAGAUCUUCCGAAUAGUUCGGGAGAUGAUUCAACAAGUCCAUGCUGAUGCUGAAAUCGCCACUGCUUUGCAAAAAGCCCUCGAUUGUUCUACACAGCCGAAGGAAAAGGAAAAAGACGAGGAGGGAAAGGACAGUUGUUCGACGUUGAUAGAUUGGGAGGCAAAAUCUGAUCCUCCCCCAUUGUACCCCCCACUAGCAGCGCCUAUGUUUCGGGGAGAGUUUGAGGAUCUCAUUCCCCCUUGGACCCCUAACGAGAUUUCUGCUGGGACAGCUGCUGCGCCUUCUGCGCCCCCUCCCCCGGAGGCUAUGGAGGUUGAUCCAGCUAAAGUACCGUUACCGGAGGACGGAAAAACGUCCCCUCAGAAUCCUCUUGUCGACGAGCUACGGUUGCAACGAGAGCAGAUGGCUAAGUUGCUGGGGGCAAUGCAAGAAAUAGACUCUAAAGGGGGGAAGGGCAAAACGUGGGAGCAAGAGCUUUUUCGCAUUCAACAGCGACGUCUACACUUUGAAUCGCUAGAGCAAAAAAUAUUAGCAUACUGUAGGUGGGCAUUGGAGAAGGAGGUACAUCGCCUAGAAAGUCAGGGGAAAACAUACAUACUUCAAACACGGUGCAGUCGGAAGGUACCCCUGAGAUUUUUUACAUUAGUAGGGCCCUUUAGAAGAAGCCCUGAUAAAGCGUUAGCAGAAGCAGUUGAAAGGCUGCGCAGAAAUGAAGGAUAUCAUAGCACUGCUCAUACUGUUCGCCUCUGGCGUCACCUCUUGGCUAACGAAAGUUGACCAGAGGCAAAACAUGUGGAUUACAUGGGCUAAUCAGACUAAUCUAACAUCCUUUUGCCUAUCCUUAGCCACACCUUCCGAUCCAUUUCGCACUUGUCUAUUAGG